AUGUCUGACAAACCUGCAACCCAGUCGGUCUCAAGCAAUGCAUAUGCUGGCUAUCAUCAGUCAAGAAUGCCGUACAAUGCAUCAGGCUAUCCACAGUACAAUGGAGCUAUGAACAUGACCAAUUCCAAUCCCCUUUCCAACAUGCAGAACCUCAAGGCCACCCUGCCACCCUCUGCUUCGGUUGAGACUGAGAUGAAUGCAGUCAAUCGUCCCGGAUACAACAGCCCCUUGAUGAUGUUGCCGUCUGGUCAAGCCGUGCCACUCCCCAACUUCUACGGUCAGAACCAGACCUCAACUGCAGAUGCUUCCCAAUUGCCCUAUGUCCCCACUGGUAUGUUUCCAAGCUUCAUCGGAAAUACCAGCAUGGCAACAAGUGCUCUCCCAGGAUAUGGUUGGCCGUACAAUCUUGCCUCCAAUGUUGCCGGGUUUGAUCCAGGUCGUCGAGGAUCCUGGUCUUCCAAUGAAGAGAAUGCUUCCAACAACCAAAACGUGGCACUGCAGGGUCAAUCGGACUACUACAACUCCAUGGCCUACCUGUCGACCACUCCUGCCAGCCAACACUACGUUGCUGGGCCCAUUCAACCAAUGAAGUGUCAAGACAACAAAUCCUACGAGAUGGUCAACCUUGAUGAGCUCGUCAACCGUGACCCACAGAUCCCUCGUGCAGUGCCCGCCAUGUGGACCAACCAGGAGGAACUCAGCCUGGCCAAAUGUCUUCAGAAUCCCGAGGGCAUUACCAACGUCUACAUUCGUGGCUUCAUGCCGGACACCACCGAUGAGGAUCUUGAGCGUUGGGCUUCUCGCUUUGGUGAGAUCGAGUCAUGCAAGGCCAUCAUCGAGCAGGACACGGGCAAAUGCAAAGGCUUUGGGUUCGUCAUGUACUAUUCUCCCGCUGCUGCAGAGAACUGUAUCCGUGGCUUCUUCCAUCUUGGGUUUCAAGCCAGCUAUGCUCAGGAUCUGGCCAAACAUUUCUUGCCGUAUCACGCCGUCUCCACCAAGAUCUGCCGCGAUGCGCCAUCCGGAGUCAGCAAGGAAGUUGGCUUUGCAAGAUUCGAAACACGUGAGAUAGCAGAACGUGUCAUCAAAGAAUUCCACUCCGUCCUCAACGAGCGUGAUGGCAUCAAAUUGUUCCUCCGCUUUGCCGACACCAAAGCUCAGAAGCAGCUCAAACAACAGAGUCAAGAACGUCGCAACUGGCGCAGCCGCGAAUACAGCUAUUCGGUUGAACACACUCCAUCUCCAACUCUGUCUCGAUUGCAGAACGUGAACAACCACAUCAGUCCGAAUGGCAGUUGGCAGUCUCCGGCUGGAACUACCAAUGGCUUCACUCCAGCGACGUCAGUCUCUCCGCCUGAGCUUCCGGGUGUCAACAACAAGACUGCGACCAUGAUCCGCAACUCCACGUCGACUUGGCCAAUGCAGGGGGGACUGCAGUCGAUCACCAACUCCACCACUGUCAGAACCAAUCUUCCAGCAGCCCAUCCUUACAUUGAAGUCCCGCCAAAGUCUGCGGCCGCGAUUGCAAUCAUCCCAGACAAUGGCAACAUCAGCAAGAAGACCAAGACUCCAAGUCCAAAGAAGGUCACCAUUAGAAUUGAGCCAGCCAGCGGCAAGGAGAACUACACCGCCACCACUCCGCAAUCUUGCAAAUGA